GAAGAGUCCGGUAUGGAGGCUGUCGAGGAGGCAGAUGUCGAUGUUGAAGGCGAUGCAACGGCCGUUGGAGAGGCGCGGUCGGGAAGCUAUGAUAAUCCAUCAUCUAGUUUACUCCAAGAUCACUACCUUGACUCAACUUGGAGAGCUGAUGCUGAUCUUCCUUGGAGUCUAGAUAGCACCAUUAGUGAAGAGAACAAGGCUGCCAUUGAGAAGAUGUUGCUGGAAGAAGAAUACUAUUUGUCUAGUAAAUCACCUUCAGAAAGGCUUUGGCAUGAUUUGAAGGAAAGUGAUAAAAAGUGCACUAAAAGUGUACGUUCACCUACAAAAUCUAGUGUAUCAUUAAAGUGGACAGUAGAAGAAAAGGAGUUAUUUGAACAAGGACUGGCUAAGUUUGGCAGAAGGUGGACAAAAAUUGCCAUGAUGAUUAGCAGUCGUAAUGUUCUUCAAGUAAAGAGCUAUGCCAGGCAAUAUUUUAAGAACAAGACAAAAGCAGGUGGCUUGCAGAAAAUGGAACAAAAUCAGUGUCUCAGUGCUCCAGUUCUUAAUAGCAGUGAGAAAGAGGAAAAAGGAAAAGCAGUGUUAUGUGCACCUAGACAUUUGAGAGGUCGGGCAGACCCUAAUCUGAAUGCAGUGAAAAUUGAAAAAUUAUCGGAUGAUGAGGAAGUAGACAUCACAGAUGAAAUGGAUGAACAGCUUUCUUAUACAAGUUGGACGGAACCCAUUUUGGAUCCAGCUGUCGUUCUAUCUACUAGAUACAUUACAAAGCCAGAACUAAGUGAAGUUGAAAAUCCAGAAAGUGUAAUGUUAUGUUGUGAAAAAAGUGAUUGUGAACUUGUGAAAUCGGACCAUCCCAAGUGUACCAGCUGGUUUUUUAAUUCAGAGCACUAUGGAGAACAGGGUGACUUGGCUGACAGCAGCAUUCUCUUCCAUUGUUCUGAUCAAGUGGAAGAGGAGAACCAGAUUGAUGCACAGGAGCUUAAGCCACCUGACCAAGAAAUAGAAAUGGAUAAAAAUGUCAUACUAGAAGAAGAAAAGCAAGCAAUACCAGAAUUUUUUGUGGGACGUCAGGCCAAAACUCCUGAGCGCUACUUGAAAAUUAGGAACUACAUUUUAGAUCAGUGGGAAAGAAUCAAACCAAAAUACCUGAACAAAACUUCAGUACGCCCAGGACUGAAGAACUGUGGUGAUGUAAACUGCAUAGGCCGAAUACACACAUACUUGGAAUUAAUAGGAGCAAUUAACUUUGGCUGUGAGCAAGCUGUGUAUAACAGACCACAGUCAGCUGACAAAAUACGACCCAAAGAAGGCAAGGACACUAUGGAAGCAUAUCAGCUUGUGCAACGGCUACAGUCUAUGCGUACAAGGAGACGGCGAGUCAGAGACCCUUGGGGAAACUGGUGUGAUGCCAGAGAUUUGGAAGGACAGACGUUUGAGCAUCUCUCUGCUGAGGAGUUAGCUAAGAGGCGUGAUGAAAAACAUAAACCACCCAAAACAUCUAAAGGACUAAGACACAGCAAAAGUUCAUUUGAUCCCUUUCAGCUGAUCCCUUGCUGUUCCUUCACAGAAGAAAAAACAGAGCCAUUCCAAGUAACAAUAGCAUCAGAGGCCCUUCUGAUUAUGGAUUUGCAUGCUCAUGUUUCAAUGGCUGAAGUAAUAGGUCUACUAGGUGGAAGAUAUUCUGAAACUGAUGGAAUAGUUGAAAUCUGUGCAGCAGAACCAUGCAAUAGCCUCAGUACAGGCUUACAAUGUGAGAUGGAUCCUGUAUCUCAGACUCAAGCAUCAGAGACACUUGCUGCUAGAGGUUACAGUAUUAUUGGAUGGUAUCAUUCGCACCCUGCAUUUGACCCUAAUCCUUCAAUACGAGAUAUUGAUACACAGGCUAAAUACCAGAACUAUUUCUCCAGAGGUGGCUCAAUGUUUGUUGGAGUGAUCAUAAGUCCCUAUAAUCGAAAUAACCCACUUCCAUAUUCCCAGAUUACAUGUCUGGUGAUCAGCGAUGAGAGUAGUUCUGAUGGUUCCUACCGCUUGCCAUACAAGUUUGAUGCUCAACAGAUGUUGGAGGAACCUCAGUGGGAAUUAGUAUUGGAAAAAACACGAUGGAUCAUUGAAAAAUACAGAAUGUCUCAUAGUUCUGUGCCGAUGGACAAAAUCUUCCACAGAGAUUCAGAUCUGACCUGCUUACAGAAGCUGUUGGAGUGUAUGAGGAAGACUCUGGAUCAUGUGGCAAACAGCUUCAUUGCUGAAGAAUUCUUGGCUCAGAUAGAAAACUUAUUCCUCUCAAACUAUAGUAAUAAGAAAUGGAAUAAUACUACCGAAGAGAAUAACAUGUGUCCAACUGACCUGCCGACAUGAUGGUGCUGAAAAGAACAAUUAUUUGCUUUCUAACACGUUGCCGUUCUUGUGACAACAUCCAGUGUUGCUAAAGAAAAUGAUUUGCACUGAAAGACAAUGUGAAACAAUCAUGACACUCCACCAGAUCUCCAACGUACUAAUCUUUUGAAACUAUGGUAGUACUGCGGGCAUGUAUAUGAAGUAUUUGGCAUUAGUAAGCUACCUUAUAUUGAUUGCCCAGAGUAGCUAAAGCGAUACUGUACUAUUUGGACCAAGAGGUCAAUGUUCAUAUUGUAUUUUACCUAGCAUACAUUUGUCUUUAAGGAACAUCACUGUAUAGUACAUUUUGGUGUCUAGUAUAAGAUGUUUCUGUUAGCAAACACAUUGAUCAUAUUUACAAACUAAGCAGUAUUGUAUAUUGCUAAUAGCAGGAAGGGAGCGAAAGCCGUUUUUAAAGCAGUUGUAACCGGCAUAAUUAAGAUGGAGAAUAUGAGGUUCAAAGUAGAUGUGUUGUUGGGAGAUGCAACUCUCAUGGAUUUCACUAAAAAGAUAAAUAGCUGAGUUGCCUUUGGAUUGAGAUGAUGGCAAAGAUAAGCGGGGAGGUCUUUUCUCUGUUCGUUUUCCUGACUUCAGUUGGGGCCCUCUGGGCAUGUAAUUUGCCCUG